GUAUACGCCAAACAACCGCGGGCUCUUAUUUUGAAAGUUGUGUAAAUUUUGUAGAAAUCCCGAUUGAAAACUCGAUUUCGGAGGAAUAUGUCCGGGCAAUAUCCAAGCGGCUACCAAAGUCCAAGUGGCCAUCGAGGAAAUUUCAACAGUCCGAUGAUGCAGCAGCAGCAACAAGGCAUGAAUCAAAUGGGUGUUCCAAAUAUGAUGGGUUUCAAUCAAAACAACGUGAUGCAAAACCAGCAGCAAAUGCAAACCGGAAAUAAUCAAUCGGGACCGGAUAUGGGAAUGAAUCAAAACAUCGCCCAACAACAACAGCAGCAGCAGCAACAACAAAUGGCUUCCGGUGGCCAGCAACAGGCUACCAAUCCCGGACAGGUGCCCAACAGCCAACAGAUGCAACAAUCCAUACCGGGUCAAGGACAAAACCAGCAACAACAGCAAGCGGGAUCGCAACAGUCCCCUCAGCUGAAUGCGGCCAGUGCCGGUGGUCAACCGGUUGCCGGAAAUGUUGGACCGGCUGGGAACCAGGUAGCGGGAGCUCCGGCAGGUCAACCGGGAGCAGGGCCCAUCGCAAAUCCGCAAGGCACAACCAAUAUGCAACAGAAAGAGUUCAAUCUGCUUACGUUGUGUCGAAUCGGCCAGGAAACGGUACAGGAUAUCGUUAGCCGUUUUCAGGAAGUUUUCGGCAUUCUUCGCGUAAUUCAACCUCCAAACGGGACAAACCAGGGCUUAACAUCGAGCAACGAUAAGAAAGCCAAGGUUCAGGAACAGUUUCGCACCAUCCGAUUGCUGUUCAAACGGCUGCGGCUGUUGUACGAUAAGUGCAAUGACAACUGCCAACAGGGCAUGGAAUUCACCCAUGUAGAAAGCUUGAUCCCGGUUAAGGAUGAACCGGAGCGAGCCGAACCGGUUCACACCGAGGAGUACAAAAAGGCGCUCCAGGAAAAUCGGGAAUUGAUUGAAAUUGUGAUGCUGAAGAACAAACAGCUUCGAGAGAUCAUCGAUAAGAUUCGGUUAACGAUCUGGGAGAUCAACACGAUGCUAAGCAUGAGAAGGUGUUGAGGUAAGUGAGGAAAGUUUUAAAUUUUAGAGGUAGCCAAUAAAUGAACACAUAAACUGAGUGAAAAUGAAGAGAAUCUUAAAUUUGUUUUCUUUAAAUCAAUAUUUAUCAAUAAGUUGAAGGCAACCUAGCUUAUAACUUUACAUGGUGAAAUUUCUUUCUCAAAUAAAUCGACAUCAGUUUGAAUUUA